AUGGAAACGGAGCUGACUGUCAACGGGACGCACACUGUUGAUGGCAUACAUCUCUGCUACGAAUCAGAUGUAACUUACAUAUUUACAAGCAACCCUUCAGUAGUAUGUGUCCUAUUAUAUAUUUUCCUUGGUUUAUUGUCUGUUGUCACCAUAUGUGGAAACCUCCUUGUUAUAAUCUCCAUCAUUUACUUCAAACAGCUCCACUCUCCUACUAACUACCUGAUCCUCUCUCUGGCUGUGGCUGACCUGCUUGUUGGAGUUCUGGUUUUUCCUUUCAGCAUGGUGUUCACUGUAACCUCCUGUUGGUAUCAUGAAGAUUUAUUUUACAGAUAUUAUGCAGUGUGUCAGCCUCUCACUUAUAAAAGUAAAAUAAAUGAUCGCGUUAUCAUGGUCAUGGUCCUGGUGAGCUGGGGACUUGCUGCUCUGAUUGGAAUUGGCAUCAUAGUUGCAGGUUUUAAUCAAGGAAAAUGUGAAGAAAGUUGUUUGAUUGAUGCUCUAAUAUCAACCACUCUGGCAUGUAUUUUCUCCUUCUAUAUCCCAGUGAUCAUAAUGCUCUGUAUCUACCUGAAGAUUUUCCUUGUUGCACAGAGACAGGCUCGCAGCAUCCAGAACACAACCUGUCAGAGCACAAAGUCUGGAGCAGCUGUCAGUAAGAUGGAGAGAAAGGCCACAAAAACUCUGGCUACAGUUAUGGGAGUGUUUCUUUUAUGUUGGACCCCUUAUUUUCUUUGUAUCGUCUUUCAGCCUUUAACAUACAACGUAACACCAAUUGCUGUCAUUGAGACUCUUAACUGGCUCACACUGUCCAAUUCUAUGCUGAAUCCAUUUAUCUAUGCUUUCUUUUACAGCUGGUUCAGAUCAGCUUUCAGAAUGAUCAUCUCUGGGAAAAUAUUUCAGGGUGAUUUUGCAAACUCCAAACUCCUUUAA